AUCAUCAACUCUCAAAUGGCCCUUUUGAGUUUUGACUGUGGUAGUUAUUGUUUUACUAUUUUUAUUUAUUUAUUUUUUGCUCUAAAAAUUUCAACUAACGUUCGUCCUACUCGAUAAUUACCACAGUGGUCAGCGUCCUAAAUUUGGCUAAGAUCAGGUAUUUGUAAAUUGUAAUGUACUAAUGUGGUUGUCACAAGUCACAACAUUCUUAAAUUAGCAUGUCAAAAUCGAAGAUUGUUGUGGGUUCAGGUGUGAGUAAACAUGCUAAUUUAAGAUUGUAAAAAUUUUAAAUGAGAGAUAGCUAGCAUGCUAGUUUUAAAAAAUAUUGUGAAAUUGUUGUGAGAGUUUGUAUUUGAUUGCUGAUCAACUAGUAGUAGUAGUUGAAGAAAAAGCAAAGCAAAAAAAUGGCUGAAAGAGUGGAGAGGAUAAAGCUGGGUUCACAGGGACUGGAGGUUUCGGCACAAGGUCUGGGCUGCAUGGGCAUGUCCUCUUUGUAUGGUCCUCCAAAGCCCGAACAAGACAUGAUCCGUCUCAUCCAUCAUGCCAUCGACAGUGGUGUCACCUUUCUCGAUACUUCCGAUGUCUACGGCCCUUUCACCAACGAAAUCCUCAUUGGAAAGGCUAUGAAGGGAGGGGUAAGAGAGAAGGUGGAAUUGGCAACAAAGUUUGGUAUUAGCUUUCCGGAUGAGAAGAUGGAAAUCCGUGGCGAUCCAGCGUAUGUGAGAGCAGCUUGUGAGGCUAGUUUGAAGCGCCUUGAUAUCGAUUGUAUUGAUCUCUACUACCAGCACCGUAUCGACAACAGCCUUCCCAUUGAAGUCACGAUUGGAGAACUCAAGAAAUUAGUUGAAGAGGGUAAAAUCAAGUACAUUGGUCUAUCUGAGGCCUCUGCUUCAACAAUCAGAAGGGCACAUGCAGUUCAUCCCAUAACAGCUGUGCAGUUAGAGUGGUCUUUGUGGUCUAGAGAUGUGGAGGAAGAAAUAAUUCCUACUUGCAGGGAACUAGGCAUUGGGAUUGUGGCAUACAGUCCUCUAGGACGAGGGUUCUUUUCGUCUGGGUCUAAGGUUCUUGAAAAUUCUACAGAAAAUGACUUCCGGAAGUUCCUACCCAGGUUCCAACCUGAAAAUCUGGAGCAUAACAAAACCAUAUUUGAGCGUGUUAAUGAAAUGGCAGCAAGGAAGGGCUGCACCCCAUCGCAGCUAGCUCUGGCUUGGGUUCAUCACCAUGGGAAGGAUGUGUGUCCCAUACCUGGAACCACCAAGAUUGAAAACUUCAACCAAAAUAUUGGAGCUUUAUCUGUGAAACUGACGCCAGAAGAAAUGGCUGAACUUGAAUCAUUUGCUUCUGAGGAUGUUGUGAAGGGUGAAAGAUAUCAUAAUGACGUUCCAACUUGGAAGGAUUCUGAAACUCCGCCACUUUCUUCAUGGAAAGCUGCAUAAACACAAUUCUUUUGUUGUGUGUCAAUAAGUACGGUGAGUUUCAUGGAGUUCUGUCAAUUGAAGUGUGUUUGAGUUUGUGUUGAGUUCUUGACAGCUUAAAGAAUAAGUCCGUUCUCCUGGGGGUGGGCCUAAAUGCAAGUCUUUUGUUGUGUGCCACUGGGCAUCUUAUCAUGUUUGAUCUUGUGAAAAUCAGAACCUAAAAUGUGUCAAUAAUUUUUAGAAGGGUGUCCCACCAUCACCUUUCUAUCAACCACAACUCGCCACAUGGGCGAAUUGUGGCACAAGUUGUGACUUUUGGUGUGGCUCCAAACUUUUUCCUGUCUAAUUAGAUCAGUAGAGAUUGAUGCAAUGUCAGAUAGAUUGAUGC